AUGUCCUAUCCGAAUCAAUACCCAGGUCAAGGAUAUAAUCCUUAUGGACAGCAAUAUCCACCACCACCUCCUAUGGUGCAGCAAGCACCACCGGUGGUUAUCCAGGAGCACCAUCACCAUGAACCGCCCCACGAGGAGCACCAUCAUCAUCAUGGAAUGAUGCACAAAAUAACACAUCCUUUCCAUCAUCAUCACCAUGACGAGCACCAUCAUCACGAAGAACACCAUCACCACCAUUGA